GCACAAUCCUGAUCAGCGGUACGAGCGGGGACGGUGAGCUGUGAACUGUGAGCGAUGGUGGAUGCUCGCCCUCCGGAUCGGGUUCCACGAUGACUGUACUGAGAGCAGAAGUAGCAUAUUGCCUCGAAGACGACUGAGUCUAAUUUCGCUGCCCUCGACAGGGAGUCGACACGACGGUACGGGGGAUGUAAGACACGCGUCGCGGUGCUCAGCGCUCAAUGCUCGACGCUCAGAUCCCAGGAGCAGCAAUCUCCAUCCCACACGCCGUACAAUAUCGACUCCAAGUUCCGACUCCCAUACUCGAACGCUCUGCACCCGCACCCGCAUUUCCGUUUCCUUCUUGCUUCACUUUGAUGUCCGCUGCUGUCCCCGGUACAGGUGCCAUUGCCGCUGACGCUGAUGCUGCCGAUACGGAAGGUGAUGCUCGUAUGAAUAGCCCCUCCUCUUCAAGCCACGAAAAGACAUCAGCGGUGCUGAGCGGGAUAUACUCCACAUCUGUCGAUGGGUACUGUGACAUAGAUCGGUCAGGAUCAGUGGUGUGAGUCUGUGUCUGUGUCUGCGGUUCGGAUGGAGGCCUUUGUUGUUCAGUGGGAGUAGGAGUAGCGUGAUGAUGAUCUUGAUCUUGUUGAGCGAGGAGUGUCGCGACGUGUUUGGUGUACGCAUCGCGGAGAGCUUUCGCGCGAGCCCACUCAACAGCCUUCCGCCUCCCCAUAACCCAUCCAGCAAACACAGUUGGUGACGAGGCCAGCGUAUAUGGUACCCGAAUAGCACUGUGUUGGCCGCCGUUAGCACCUGCACGCGUCUUCGAGGUCGUCGGGAUUGAUGAGGACGGUGUUGGAGUUGAUGGUCCGCCAACGGGGACGGGGGUACUGCCCAUGCCAGCGCCUGAAGAGGGUACGUGGAUACCUGAAAGGAUGGGUGCAGGUGCGAUUGUUCGAAAUUUGGGUUUUGGAUCUCUCAUCGUCAUCGGGAAUCUGCCCACUAGGCUCCUCAGAAGCGUCACAUAGCCCGGGAUGUUCUCCUCCCGCCUAUUCUCCUUCUCUUCUCCACCUUUAUGCGUCCUCAUACCGCUGACCCCAUUGGUACUUCCCCCCUCACCAGCACCAUCGACACUACCAGCCCCAGCACUCACGCGCUCCCCGGCCCACAACCUCCUAACAAUCGCCCUCUCCUUCUCCCUUUCUCCCUCCUCCCCACUGGUCCCCAUCAUCGUCAUAUCCUCCCCACUCUUCCCUGUUUUCUCUACUUCCGCACCGACACCGGCACCCGCCCCCGCAAUCCCAACUCCACUUCCAACUCUCAAACUCGAAAUAGCUCGCCGAUCAACCUCCACAUCCACAAUCUGUUCGUCGCCCAAGAUCGGUGACGGCGAUUUCGACAGGUCGAGGUCGACCCAAUGCUCAACCUCAAACCACCUCCCCCCUCCUUCACCCUUACCCCCAUCCUCACCUGAGCCGUCAUCACCUCCUGCUUCCCCUCCUGCUCCUCCACCAGUGCUUUCGCCGUCGCUGUCGUCCCCAUCUCCAACCCACCUAAACCUCAACCUCGCCAAGAAUCCCUCGCUCGCCGUCCCACAGAAGAUAAAUGGGCCGGGCGGGCGGAGGGCCGGGAUUUGUGUCUUUCCUUGCCUCCUUGGCUGACUUUCUAUGUUCAUCGCGUCGGUGGAUAGGGCGGGAUAUUCGACGGCCACGGUGGCGGAAGGAGAUACGUCUGCGUCGAAGGAGGUUGAUGUUGACGUUGAGGUGUGCAGGCUGAUUGAGGAAAGGAGCGGUGCGAGCGGGAUACUAUAAGAAGGUGAAUGCACACUCAACAUCCAGCGAUGCGUAUGCUCCGGGUUUGAACGCGGUCGUUUAUGCAAAGGCAACCAGACGCUCCGAUCCGCAAUGGACACCCUCGCCAACACAUGGAACCUGCUCGUCCCUCCCAUUCCUAGUCCUAGUCCCAUUCCUCUCAGUUCGGGUGGUUCCGCAUGUGUCGGGACGUCGCUUUCUCUAUCAACCUCUCCGUCACCGUCGCUGUCUCCGAUAACAUUCGCAGGACCCUCCAACGGUACCUCCAACCCCACCCUCAUCCGACUCCUCUGUCCAAAAACCAUCCUCCAUUUCCCUGCUCUACCAUCCCCUUCUCCCUUCUCUAUCCCCUCUCUUUCCCCUGGUUCUUGCUUAUUCCUUCCACCCCCCGGAUUCGCGCUUCUUCCUCCAAAUCCCAAAACAUCAACUUCCAACCCCUCUGUUGUAUGAUCAACAUUUAUACAUCUCCGUUUCGCAGUCCUCCCUAAGAACGGAGCGAGCGCGGGCGUGUCGAUGUGAUGGCCUAGGGUUCGGGAGAGGUGGGUUGAUGAUGAUGU